UUUUUUCAUUUGUCCGAAUGAUGACAAACACGACCAACCAGACUUUAAAUUUUUAACAAAUUUUUGUACAUUUUAAAAUGGUUGAUGCAAAAUUUUAGUGAACUUUCCGCAAAUGCACAUUUAAUAAAUUUCCAAAAUUCAAAGUAGAGAAAGAGAACUAAAAUAUAGAUUUACUACUAAAAUUAUGAGUUUAUGAGUAAAAGUUACUUUGGCAUGACAAUAAUCUUCGAGGCUGCUACUACUUUUUAGAGUACGAGUAUAAAUCCCACUAAAGAUUUCUCAAAAUGAAGCGAAGCGUGAACUGUGUUCCAGUCCGGACCUCGAAAAGCCGGGAGUUACGCGGUAGUAUUUUGUAUACUGAUUGCUUUUGUUUGCGUCGGAACGGCCUUCAAUACGACUGCCGCAGAAGUGGCUGCCAAGGGUCGCAACUGUGCCAAACCUUACCAAGACCCCUCUGCGAACCAGCCCAUGUAGCAUGCACUAGUCACUUUAAAAACCCUCAUGCGGAAUCAUUGAGAGCGAUAUGCAAAAUGCAAGCAAAGCUUAAAAAUUGCUAAGUUAAAGGCAAUAAAGUGGAAAGAUGAUCCGUUUUUUCAUGAAUACAAUAUGUAGUUGAAAAUUACAUUGCAUUGUUCACGCAAGCUUAUGCACAAACACUGUUCCAAACAGUUGAAUGGUUUUCGUUGUUUAUUGAAUAAUUAUCAACUGCAACUUGAAUAAUUUGAAAAAAAGACAAAAAAAUAGGAAUAAAGAAAUCUUACAAUGAGUACAUAGCACAUAACUAAUUUAAAUAAAAAAACUGGCAUGCUAGAACAAUUUUUAAAUUUGGAACGUAAUGAGAAACAUGAAAGAAAAAUCAUUUAAUUUGACAGAACAAUUCAGAUGCUCAUGGAUAACUGAUGUAAAUUUUAGUGUGAAAAAUAUAUAAAAAUAUAUUUUAUAGAAAAAUUACAAGUGAUUUUUACUAACUUUAUGAGUGAAAAAUAAAUUCAGCUCCCUCCUCCAUUUGCCUGUAUUUUACUACAAUCAUGUGUACUCCAUGCGGCCCUAUGGUAUGUUACAAAUAUGAAGAUUGCGGUCCUCCGAAAAAAAAGUCGGCCGAUGGAAACAGCGGAGCGGAGGAGGGUGGCUCCAAAAAAAAGGAUGAAAACGAAAAUCAGUUAAAGAGAACUAAAAGCCGUGAAUUGCGAGGUGGGAUUAUGUAUUACAGCUGCCACUGCAUCAAGCGUAACGGCUUGCAGCACGAUUGUCGGCGAACAGGUUGCAGCGGUGAGCCGACCUGCCUUGCAUUACCGGACCCCUUAUGCGCACCCAGUCAAUUAGCUCGCGCCAGGGGCCUGGCUGACCCUGCGGCACUGUCUGCGCAUUUACAAAAUCAAGAAGGAAGUUCGUCUGGUCGGGCUGAAGUCUCCGGCUCCACUGGCGGGAACAGGUUUAUUGUCUGCGAAUUAAAAGGCAUCGUCCUCGGAACCUCUGCAAAUACAUCUGAAAAAUGCUGUAAGUGUCCUAAUUUUGUGGCUACGCAAGUAUCAAAGAGCGAAAAAGGCUCUAAUUCUUGUGUUUGCAAAGAUAAUUCUUGUAAAAAAUCGCCCAGCGAUGUAAAAGGCGGUGUAGGAUCUGUAUUUAAGUUUGACGAAAAUACUUUAAAUUCAAUCUUAAAAAGCUUUGAGAAAAAAGAGCUCAUAUCUAAAGGUACGACAGGACAUGCUCGAGAACUUAAGGAAAGAGAAGGCCCAUGUACAAGACCGGGCUGUAUACAUCGGAAACCGCCUCCACCAUGCCUUUGGAAUGGUCCUUGUAAAGCAGAUUGCUUCGAAACAUCGCCUAAUAAUCAAGCGGGACAUAAUCAACUAAGAGACGAUGGUGAAAUAACUACGGAUUCUAAAUCUUCGAAGAUCGAUAGACCACCUCUCCAUUCGCUUACAAUGAAACUUUUGAAUCCCACAGGUUGUUCUUCUGGUGAAGAUGGUGCAACAGGUAGCAAUGGACCACUAUCCAGCUUGCCAGUGCUGUUGAUGAAGCUGUGCUAACUUUCAUUUUUCUUGUUGGAAGAUUAAGAAAAAGUGUAAAACUACUUUUAUCGAUACUAUCUAGAAAUAAAGUAAUAAUUUGUA